AUGGUUUCCCGGCUUUUCUCUCAGAAUACUAUGAAUUUCCACGAUUCCAUCAAAUCACUGGCUGCGCACUUGGCAAAGAUUGACGAGAACACUUAUACUGAUGAGGAUAUUCUGCUCGAAGACUCGAGAAAUCUCUGCAAUUCCUUGGAUGGACUGGGAAAUAAUGAGCACACCUUGGAUGAUCCCUCGGCGGCCGAACUCUUCAUUAAGCUACACCAGAUGCUGGAUUUCUGCUGCAAAGACUCCAAUGGUCUGAAUCAAUUCCUAGGCAUUCUGAAGGAACUUGGGAACAAUCCUAAGAUCCGGAAACACCUACAGAAGAUGGACUUUAUUUCACUGUUGGCCAACUGUCUUCUGAAUAGAGAGAUGGAGGAAAAUAGUGAAAUUCUCUGCGUCUUGAACAAGCUCACAAAAGGUUUCCGGAUGGAGACUCCUGAAAUAUGUUGCGUCAACAGUAGUGUUAAAUUGCAGUUCUUCGUGCUUUAAGAUAGAGGCAGGCACUUCAGCCGCUUCGGCUCACAUCUGGCGAUGGUGGUUGAGCAAUUGUGAGCAACUGUCGCCUUGACAUUCGCACAUUUCACACGCAUACGCGCU